CGUCGACUUGCAGAGGGAGGGACGGGGAACUGCAGCCAUGAAUGAGGACCUCAAGCUACCACAGCGAACCAUCGACAAUGUCAUCCGCGCUACGCUCGAGGGCAUGGACUUGGGCGACAUCAAGUGCCACAAGGAGGCGCGCGAGCUGCUGAACGAGUGUUGUCUGGAGUUUGUGCAUCUGGUCGGCUCGGAGGCGCACGAGGUCUGUGAGCGGUCGACCAAGAAGGUGAUUAACCCAAACCAUGUGUUCAAGGCCAUGGAGGAUCUGGGAUUUGCUAAUACAGAGGUGCUGAAGCGGAGCCGCGACGCGCUUGGCGCCCACAAGGCCCGCGAUGCGAAGCGGCCCAAGCUGACACACACCAAGCGGAAGAAGCACGAGCCGACGGCUGAGGACAUUGCCCGGCAGAAGGCCUUGUUUGCACAGGCCAAAGCCCGCCAAUUGGCUAAGGCCAAGAUUGCGAGCGCUGGAGGCCCGGCAUCAUCGUCCCUGCCGUCCCCAGCCUUUGCCUCGCCCACCGCCACCCCUCCCGUCUCGUCGCUCUCCUCGCUGUCGGCCUUUGACCCGGCCACCGUCACUGCUGCCGCCGCUGCCGCCGCCACGGUACCACCCGCGAAGAGCUCGGCCACGCCAGCCCCGCCCGCGGCAGCUCCGGCCACGCCAGCCGCUGCCACUUUGUCAACAGCCGGUGCUGUGCCAGCUGCUGAUCCGCCUCCGCCGCCGCCUGCCCACGACUAA